AUGGCAUUCAAUAUACACAUAUCUGGACCGAAAAUGAUUUUACAUAAUAAAACAAUAGCUGACAUGUUUGUAAAUCAAUUGAAUAACAAUCAAGGUCUUUUUGGUAUCGACUGCUCUACCGGUAAAGAGUACAGUUAUCCAAAAUUGAAAAAAGAUGUUUUAGCAAUGGCUACUACAUUUCAAAAACAUGAUCUUGGACACGGAGACGUUGUAAUGAUUACAGACUAUGGCUCGUACGAAGGACAGGUAGUUAUGUUAGCUGGGAUCUUAGUUGGAACUACUAUAGCUGCAUUGGAUCACAGUUUAAGAAAAAGUGUCUUGACAGAGCUUAUUAAUGAAUCAAAGCCAAGCGUAUUGUUUUGUAAUACUUUUAGUAUAAAUAUAAUAACAGACAUUUUAAAUACCAUCACUCAUCAACCGACAUUGAAGAUUUCUACUAUGAUUCGUGAUGGCUUCACUGCUUAUUCGAAUAUCGUUGUUGCGGCGGACGAAAUUUCGUCAGUCCGUCCGAUAAAAUCGAAAAGCCCAAUUGGACCUUGUGCUAUUAUAUAUUCGAGUGGUACUACAGGAACUCCAAAAGGAAUAUAUCUGUCGGAUGAUGCUAUGAAAUCAGCAUUAAUAUCGUUCAAGCAGUCAUUGAUGGAAGAACCGAUUGAAAAAAGAUUUAUGAUUACAUCGCCUGUAUUUUGGUACACGGGAAUAUUAUUAAUGAUGCUUGGUAUUCAUUUUGGAAAACCAAGACUUUUCUUCUCGGCAAAAUCAACCGCUGAACAAAUACUUUGUUCAAUAGACAAAUUUAAACCAACAUUCCUGAUGACUGGUGUGGCCGCAGUCAAUGAAAUGAUGGCCUGUCAAAUGGCGAACGGUCACAAGUAUAAUAUACAGAGUUUAACGACAUGCGUGGUUGGCGGGUCUCCGAUGCGAGCAGAUUUGCAAAAGACAGUUGUAAACAACUUACUGCAGGGGAGGAUACCGAUCAAACAGGGGUACGGUGCAUCAGAACAGGGUAUCAUAGCCGUUUGGUCUAUGGAUUCAGAUGUAAGUACCGUCAGGGCAGGGUCGGUGGGCAGACCUGCAGCUGGUAUUGAAAUCAGAAUCGUCAGCUUGGAAACGGGCGAAUGUGUCGGCCCCAAUGUCGAAGGCGAAAUUCGUAUUAAAUCGGUUUCCGACAUGGUGGGCUACGUCAACGACAUGAAAAAAACGAUUUGUUCGUACGACGAGGACGGUUGGUUCAAGAGCGGCGACGUGGGAUACUACACCGACGACUGUUGUUUGUUCAUCGUCGGUCGAAUUAAAGAGUUGAUGAUUUACAAGGACCAGAGGAUUGCGCCGAUCGACAUAGAAACCGUUUUAUUGAGUCAUCCUGCCGUACUCGAUGCCGGAGUGACGGGAAAGUACAGUGUUGACGGAGAUUUGUUAGUAGGAGUUGUCAAAGUCAAACCCGGUCAAAACGUCGAACCCGACCGACUCUUAUCGUAUGUCAAUGACAGAGUGAAAGACCACGAGAGACUGCGGGGUGGUAUCAUAUUCGUAGACGACGUGCCUAGAUCUCCAGCCGGUAAAUUGAAACGAGAAGAACUUUUAAAUAUUGUACAAUAAUUGCAUACGAUUCAUUUCGAUUUAAUCAAAUGAAAAUAAUAGUCUAAUGUGGGAUAUUUUACACGGUACACAGUUGAUUGACAUACAUAUAAUAAUUAUUUAUUAAUAGACAAUAGUAUAAUAUGUACUUAGUGGGUGUACCAUAAAUAUCAUAUAUAUUUAUAUAGGUACUUGAAGUAUUAAAUGUAUUAUUAAUUAGGAUAUAAUUAGAAAUGAUCCACUUAAAAUUUAAGAUGGAUUUCGCUGUGCCUCCUAAUACAUAGGCGAAUCUAGGAAUUCAUAGCAGGGUGUGCCUUUACCUCAAAAAGGCCCUCUGUAGUUCAAAAUACCUCUCAGUUAUCACACGUUUAAAAUAUGUUUCCCAUUUGAAAUCACAAUAUUAAUAAUAUUAAAUAAUAUUAAGAUGAAUUUUUAUUACCUAGUUUAGAUGCUAUUUUUCGUGCUGUAAAAUAUACAUGUUAUGUUUCAAAAUUAUUCAAUUUAAUAAACUACAACUAUUGCAAAGUUCAAUA